AUGCUCAGUGCGGACCAGAUCGGUUUCCAGUUCUUCUCCUACGCGCGCAACUUCAUCGUGAGCUGCAAGCGGAUCUAUGGCCUUGAGCCCACCUUCCGCACGGGGGGAUUUAUGGGCCUCGACUGGAACGGCCGCAACGUGAUGGUGAAGGUGAACCACUUUGCGUACCCUUACCAGGCGAGCAUCAAGGUGGUGGAGAGCGAGGAGGUGCAGCAGGAGGCCGAAAAGGUGAAGGCGCUCUUCCAGGGCCGGACGAUCUUUGCGAGCAUGGACAGAGCGGAUGGCCUGUCUGGUCUCAUUCCGAAGUUUCAAGCCUUUAAACAGUUUCUGAAAGAGAAACCGGAGUACCGGGGAAAGAUCGUGCUGGUGCAGUGA